AUGGCAGGCAAAUGGGUAUUCAUCCCCACUGAAAUCACGCAAGGCCCGGAUAACGAGGGGGAGGAUGUAGCAGUCGGCUUGAUUCUGAAAUUUGCCUGGGGGGAGGAUAAUGUCAAUAUUGUUGUUUCGAGUCAAGUUCUGGUAGGACCAUCGGUUGAACGUCAAGACCCGGAGACAUGGACGGCAGAAAGUGUGUUUGCUAGGUGUCAGUCCGAGUUGGCCAAUGACCGAGUGGGAUCCUUGGUGGAAACAGAAUUAACUACUUUGAAAGCUGAGCUUGGAUCAGAGAUUUGUGCUGUAGCUGAACAGCAUGAGCAUACAUCAAAUACCCGUACCCUAGAACUCAUGAUGAAAUUGACCAGCAGGAGUGUGACUGAAAAGCUUCAAUCCUUUUUCGACAAUGGUCUGGUGACAGAUGCAGAACAUCACAUUGGUACUGACACCAUCACUGUAUCAGUCCUGGCUUUGGACAAGGAAAGGGUGAAAAAGGGUAUUGACCACGAACGGCGCAAAGUUCAACCUAGUGAGAUUGACAAGACAAUUUCAAUUCAUUACCUCAGCUCAGAAGCGGCUCAUAAUGUGACAAUAGAAUGGGUGAGGAAAACUUUGACAAAUUUAUACGCACAGAGUAUAUGGAGCUUACCAAACUCUGCUAUACCACUGGCUUAUUAA